UUUCUCUCUCUGUAAGAUGUCAGUCAGAGUCAGUCGCCUCAGUUCUGAGCAGUAUGGAAUCUCAGUCAGACUGUGUGGAAGCAUGUUGUUUAGGAAGAAGUUGAUUUUUACCCAGUAAAGCUCUUCUUCUCUAAAACUCCGCACUCUUAAUUUGCGCUGCCCGUCAAACAAAGGGGUUCGUUUUUGCAGCCCAGCUCCCCAAGGGACUCCCCUCAGUCCAUGAUGGGUCAGAGAAGAAUGGGUGGAGGCCGGAACCAGCAGAAGGAAAGCAAAGAAGACCUUUAUUUUCCUGUUGCAACUGAGUCUCCUGCUCUUUUGCAAGGAGGUGACUGCGACCCCCAACAAAGGGACUUGGGCAAUUGCCUCGCCCCUUAGCCAAAGACACCCAAACGCCUCACACAGAAAUCUGCAUCUGCAACAGAAAUUCGAGAGUACGGCUUGCCUCCUGUCUGUCAAGAUACCUGACGAUGGCCGCUCAUUCCAUUACCUGGCCAGUCUUGAGACGGCAAAUACCUUAGUUCUCGAAUUCAGGUAACAGACCUCCUCUAUUCAUACACAAAAUGUGUCCUUAAGACAAGAUUUGAAGGAUUUGUCUAAUGGGAAAGCUUUCUAAUGAAGGAGGAGAGGACAGGUUAGGAUACCCUAAAAACCUGUGUAGUCACCCCCACCCCAAACCAGGCCUCAAGCCUCAAAACUUUUUUUCUUCAGUUUAAAUCCCCAAUAAUCUCUCUUCCCACCCGAAGGCAAAGCCUGAAAAGGCUGCACUACAACAUAUUUCCUUCUGCAGAGGAAAUAUUUGGAGUUAUUAGUACAGCAAACCCUCCAGUGCUCCUAUUUUCCAGGGACAGACCCAGAAGCCAUUUUGGUUUCUGAUUUGAUUCCAGAAAGUCCUGUUUUUCCUUAGGAUGUCCCUAUUUUCAUUGGAAAAAUGUUGGAGGGUCUGGAGUUAUCCAGCACCGAGACAUCUAAAGGUAACGCUGUAUAGAGAGGUGUUUAAAAAAUAAUAAUCAUGUUUCAUUAUUAUUAUUAAGUUUUACAUUGCAAAUUUAAAUUCAAACACUAAACAUUAACAUCAUCAUUUAGGAUUCUCUGAAUCCUUUGACUCCCCUCCGCCCUUCCAUGGUUACCAUUAUCAAUAUUUUUUCAACAACUUCACUUAUUUACUCUAUUUAAAAAAUAAUAAUAAUCCAUUCUUUCCCUUAGUUUUUUAACACAAUACAAGUGUUACUCAAAUCCUGCCAAAGUUUUUAGUUGUUUACAGUGUUCUCUUAAAUACAUUAUAAUUUUUUCCCAUUCCUUAAAGUUCUUCUCUUCCUGGUUUCUGAUUCUCCCGGUCAUUCUCGCCAUUUUGGCAUAAUCCAUCAUCUUCAUCAACCAUUCGUCUCUGGUCAGGACUUUAUCUUUCCAACUCUGGGCCAGUAGCAUCUGCGCUGCUGUUGUUGUGUACAUAAAUAGUCGUUAUAAGAUAAAGCUUUCCACAAGGGCCAACACUGAUGCGGAAAUCCAGCAUCGCCUGAGCUCUGCGACUGUGGCUUUCUCCCGAUUGAAAUGCAGAGUAUUUGAGGACUGGGACAUUUGCAGGGAAACCAAAAUGCUUGUUUACAAAGCUAUUGUACUACCAACCUUACUGUAUGCUUGUAAAACAUGGACCACUUAUAAACGCCAUCUCCAACUCUUCGAAAGAUCCCAUCAACAGUGUCUCUGAAAAAUUGUACACAUCACUUGGGAAGACAGGCGAACUAAUAUCAGUGUACUAGAAGAAGCAAAGAUCAUCAGUGUUGAAGCAAUGAUUCUUCAACAUCAACUUUGUUGGACUGGUCAUGUUGUGCGGAUGCCUGAUGAUCGUCUUCCAAAGCAAAUACUCUAUUCCGAACUUACAAAUGGAAAGUGUAAUGCUGGUGGUCAACAAAAGAGGUUUAAAGACUCUUUCAUGGCAAAUCUAAAAAAAAAGUAGUAUCAACACCAACAAUUGGGAAACUCUGACCUGUGAGUGCUCCAAUUGGAGAAUAGCCUUUCCCAAAGGUUUCCUGGGCUUUGAAGACACUCAGGACGAAAGGGAGAAACAGGCUAAGAGGGAGGCACGUUUGGCAAACACUCACCGGGAUCAACUCCUGCCUGGAAACCAAUGUCCCCACUGUGGAAGGACGUGUGGAUCCAGAAUUGGCCUCCACAGUAACUUACGAACUCACUUUUAAAACCGUGUUUAUGGAAGACAAUGUUACUCGGCUAUGAGUGAUCAAGAAAGAAAGGAAGAAAAAAAGAGUCGUUUCUGCUCCUUUGGUAUCUCUGGUUUUUUUACAAACAUCAUUUUAAACAUUUUUUCAACUCAUUAUAUAUCAUUUCCCAGAAGGCUUUUGUUAUCUUGUACGUAGAAUGUGCCUUCCUUCUCCUUACAUUGCCAACAUAAAUUUGAAACAAUUCUAUACAUCUUUGCUAAUUUUAUAGGUGUUAAGUACCACUGGUACAUUAUUUUCAUAUACGGUAAUUCUCCUUCAACGCACAUUCUCCUUCAUUAUGUUUUUUAUAUAUGUUGGAAGUUGCCCAGAGUGGCUGAGGAACUCAGUCAGAUGGGUGGGGUGUAAAUAGUAAAAUUAUCAUUAUGGAAUGGGACAUCCCUAUUUUCAACAGAGGAAUGUUGGAGGGUCUGGGAGUUGCCAAUACAGCUUCUGCAUGCUAAAAUAAAGCGUGAUUUCCUCAGAGAAUAUUUCAUAAAUUCUGAAAGGCGAAGGAUUGGUGUCAAGGCUGCCUCAAGUCUCAGCUCACAAAAGACCAACGCCUAUGUCUUCUUAUAUACAAAAGUGUUUAUUGCAGUUCAUUGUUUGCUUGACAUCCUAGGCGCGCAGCCUUACGUCUGCUACGCUUAGACCGCUGAAGUCCCCUCUGAAUCCGUCCCUCCCCUGCACCAAUUUAAGAGGCUUGCGCUGCUCCACCUCUUUCUCUCCUUCCUUUCCGCAGGGUCCUUCUGCCCGCUGGGGUUUCGCCCUCCUGGAUUCCUCUGACGCGGAAUCAGACUGCUCUUCCCCCUCCUGCGGGCUUUGGGACCUGGCCCCUCCUCCGGGCUCCCUGUACUUCCGCGCGCCUCUACAUUUGAAACUUGGCGCGCGCGCCAAACCUCUAACUUUCCUUUGACAGUUACACUACUCCUUUCACUGCUCCUCCCCUUCCGGGAGGGCGGCUUGCUCUGACCUCCCUCCUUUCUCUGCUGCCGGAGCUGCUUCCCUGACACACUGGAAACUCCACCCCUUCGCUGCACUCUGGUGGGGAGGCUGGUCCUGACGCCCAGCUGCCACUUUGGGAUCCUCCACUGGCCCCCUGCUCCUGACACGUCCCCCUGGGGCUCCCUGGCCUUGACCACCGGCGCCCCUUCUGGGAAUCCUCUGAUUCGCUGGAAAGACUCAUGGAAUCUCUUGAGUCAUUGUCAUCCUCUUCCUCGCUGGCUUGGAAUUCAUCCCCAUCGCUCUCCAUCUCCUGCCUACCCUGUGCCUCUCUCCCUGAACCCCUGACAAUUGGUUUCCUGCAGAUUUUGUGCCUGUUGUGUUUGUGCACCCUCAUUUUCUUUAUAGCAGCUCCCUCCUGGCCUCUCCUUGCAUGUGCCUCCAAUUUAUCGCCUUGGCUCUGUGCACCCGCCUCUAGUGGGUGUCAUAAGUUCUUUGGGUGUCAGAGGCACCUGGGUGUUUGCAUCGCCCAGGGGGAAAAAUAGGUGUCAAAUUUUUUCAAGUGGCACCUUCCCAUGUUGACUCUGAACCACGGACCAGGAAGAAGGCAGCUGCAUUGUUUGAUUUCAUCUGUUUGCAAAAGGUGUUUUCCUUUCAUUAGAAAAGGAAUCGAAAACAAAACUGGCAACCUAGUAAUGCAAUUAUGCAAAUCUAUGGCGAGGCUGCAUUGGGAUGUAUGCUGUGGUCAGUUUUGGUCGCCUCCUCUGGAAAAGGAUAUUCAGGAUUUGAAAAAAGUUUUGGAAAAGAGCAACCCAAAUGAUCCAGGGAUUGGAGCAACUCCCCUAUGAAGAAAGGUUAAGAUUAAAAAAUAAAUAAAGUAAUUAACAUCAAAGAAUUUUUCUGUACGGUCAAGUUAAUUGUUUUUAUUACCCUCUCCAUACCCUCCAACAUUUCUCUGAUGAAAACAGGGAUGUCUUUAAUAACAACAACAACAAUACUACCCACCCAUCUGCCUGAGUUCCCCUAGCCAUUCUGGGUGGUUUCCAACAUAUAUAAGAGAACAACAACAAUAAUUUACAACAACAACAACAACAACAAUAAUAAUUUAUUAUUUAUACCCUGCCCACCUGGCUGGGUUUCCCCAGCCACUCUGGGCGGCUCCCAACCGAAUUAAGAAACUUCUCUAUACAGGGCUGCCUUCAGAUAUCUUCUAAAGGUUGUAUAGUUAUUUACCUCCUUGGCCUGGGGGUCACAUAACUCCAUAACCUCCAACAUUUCUCUGAUGAAAAUAGGGACGUCCGAUGGGAAAGUAGGAUCAAAUCAGAAACCGGGAUGGCUUCUGUAAAUCCAGGACUGUCCCUGGAAAAUAGAGACACUUGGGGGGUCUUCCUCCCCCCCAAAAUUACCAGUGUGGGACAUUGUAAGAGCAGAUCACACAGAUUCUUGCAGAAUUCCUCUAAGAGCUUUGAAAACGAAACAAUUGGGGGCUGAUUCCAACAUAUUUGCUUCUAGGCAGCCAAGAGAAUGCAAGAAAAAUGAUACCCAUAUCUCUUGAUAUGGGCUUGAGCUCAAACAAAGGACUUUCACAUAUUUGCUCAAGGAAACUUCUUCCAGUAGCCCAAUGGAAGUUUUUUUCUUUUUAAAAAGAAAAAUUGACCGUUGACGACCAUGCCACACAAACCAAGACAUCCCUUGGUUUCAAAAUCAAUUGGCAGGAGUGGCUGCAGUUUAAGGAAACUUAGGUCUAGGUCCCCCAUGGGCUUAUGAAACCAGUUUUGCAUUUCUGUGGCUCCUGAUUGCAAUGAGAUGGGAUUGAAAUCACAGGGUUGUGGGUUUGAACCCCACCUUGGGCAAAGAAAUCCUGCAUUGCAGGGGGUUGGACUAGAUGACCCCUGGUGUCCUUGUCAGCUGCAUGAUUCUAUGUCUAUGUCUGAAGCACAACAAAAACCACCCAGGAAGCUUCAGAAAAGGGGGGUCAGAACCGGGAUGUACAUGCCCCAAGAAUGUGAAAUCACACGUUUCCCAUUGUAUAAAAACAUAAUAUUGCUUUAAAAAUAAUUGGUGCAGCACUCGCAGUUCAGAGUUCGUGCCCUAGCAUGCCCUGCUCUCUCUUGCUUGACUUAGCGGGAUCUCCGCCUUUUGGCCCUGCUGACCCAGUUUGGUUUGACCCAGUUUCAGUGGGGCUCUUACAUCACUGAAUCUGGGGAUGUUUGUUCGUGCCGGAUCCGCUUUGCCCCUGGGCAGAGGAGAGAGGGUGAUGUUGCAUCUGUCUUCAGCUUUUUGACAGGCUCCCCAAUCUGCAGAUUACAAAUUGCAAAAGCAGGAAACCCAACAGGUCUCUGCCCCCAGGGAGCCUACAGUGUGAUGCAAUUGCUGGGAGGAAGCAAGGAGGCGACGAAGAGGCAGGACUUGGGAGCAAGAGGGCUGAGCGCCCAGCUGAAGCGUCAUGGGAUUUGGGAGUUGUAGUGCAGGGCUGAGUUUGUGAAGAGGUAAUCCUGGAGGAUAAUAAUAAUAAUAAUAAUAAUAUCCCUCCCAUCUGAUUGGGGAGUAGGGAAGCUGCCUUACGCAGAGCCACACCAUUGGCAGAUUGGUGGCUGUGGAGAGAGCUGGAUUCAUAGAGUCGUAGAAGUGGAAAGGAACCUGAGGAUCAUCUAGUCCAACCCCCUGCAAGGCAGGAAUCGAACCUGCAACCUUGGCAUUAUCAGCACCACGCUCUCACCAACUGAGCUAUCCAGGCUUUGAGAUGCCAUGUCCUUUGCUAAUCUUUUUCCUAUGCAGGUAACGAAAGGUCUCUGGCUUGGAACGCCCAAGCCCCUCACACCACCUCCUUGGCAUCAGGUCACUAUGCCCUUGAUCGCUUCUCAUCUCCUGCCGGGGCGAACCUCGGCUUUCCAUGCAAAACAAUCAGAUCUUUCUCCCAGCAUCUGCAGGCAGGGGCAAAGUUUUGGGCACAGCAAACUCCCCUCCCUGCCUUCAUGCCUCUUUUUCUCUUUUCGGACUGGAGAUAUUAAAAGCUAUUGAAAGAGGGUGCCAACAGACGGGUGCAAAGCCCUUUGCUCACAGAGCAUCCCAGAAUGGGUGGUAAUUUGCCCACCACCGCUAAAAUGAAAAUUUAAAAAUCAUCUUCUUCUUCUUCUUCUUCUUCUUCUUCUUCUUCUUCUUCUUCUCCUCCUCCUCCUCCUCCUCCUCCUCCUCCUCCUCCUCCUCCUCCUCCUCCCCCCCCGAGGGUCAUCUAGCCCAACCCCCUGCAAUGCAAAGGUCGUUUCAGAACAUGGAAAAGAAUAAACUGUUGGAAUCUACGAUGGCCAUGAUAUGCAUGAAAAGAAAAUCAGCUAGCUAUGGCAAUUGUGAUUAAUCUUUGAAUUGUUUUUGUAGAUGGAUGAAAGAGAAUAUUGCAAGACAUUUAGUGAAGAGGAAGAUUUGUCAAAGCCAGCUUGUCAACAUCCUUCUUAAAUUGUGGAACCCAGAAAUGGACACAGUAUUCCAGGUGGGGGCUGACCAAGGCAGAAUAGAGCGGCACUAUGACUUCCCUUGAUCUGGACACUAGAAUUCUGUUGAUACAGCCUAGAAUAGCAUUGGCAUUUUUUGGUGCUGCAUCAGACUGUUGACUCAUGUCAAGUUUGCAGUCUACUAAGAUCCCGAGAUCCUUUUCACAUGUAAUGUUAGUAAGCCAGGUGUCCCCAUCCUAUAUUGAUGCAUCUGGUUCUUCCUGCCUAAGUGCAGAACCGUACAUUUGUCUCCAUUGAAACAUACCCUCCAAGAUUUCUCCAGUGGAAAUUGGGACGUCCUAUUCCAUAAGAAUAAUAAAAAAGUAUUAUUUAUACCCCACCCAUCUGACUGGGAUGCAGCAGCCACUCUGGGUGGCUUCCAGCAUACAUAAAAACAUAAUAAAAUAUUGAAAAAUUUCCCUAUCCAGGACUGCCUUCUGGUGUCUUCUAUAGGUUACUCAUCUCCUUGGCUCGGGGGCUGCAGAACUCCAUACCCUCCAACAUUUCUCCAAUGAAAAUAGGGACACCAUAAGGAAAAGCAGGACAUUCCAGGAUCAAAUCAGAAACUGGGACAGCUCCUUUUGGGGUUGGACUAGAUGACCAUUGGGGGCCCAUCCAACUCUACAAUGAUUUGAUUUUGUAAAUCUGGGACUGUCCUGGAAAACAGGGCCACUUGGAGGGACAGCUGAAAUUCAUUUUGUUAGUUUUGGCCCAGUUCUCCAAUCUGUUAUGGCCAUAGAAUCAUAGACUGGUAUUUGGCCACUGGGCUAGAUCACAGAAUCAUGGAAGAGUUGGGAGGGACCCCGAGGGUCAUCUAGUCCAACCCUCUGCAAUGCAGAAAUCUUUUACCCAAUGUGGGGCUCGAACCCACAACCCUGAGAUUAAGAGUCUCCUGCUCUACUGACUGAGCUGUCCAGGCCCUUUGGGUCUCAUCCAGCAGCCAGGCACUUCUUGGGUUCUUCUGCUUCUUUAUCAUAGCAAAAGCUCAAGCAAUGAAAGACGUCCACCAUAAGGAAUGCGGGGUUCUCAGUCUGCCCCGCUGCCUCUGACACCCUGAUGUUUCUUGCAAGGUUAAAAGUAUUUCCUUGCGAUGCAGGCACACCCUGCAUGUAAGGGCCCCCCAUGGCUUUCCCACCCACCCAGCCUGGAUUAUGGAUUAUGCAAGUGCUAUUGAUCUUGGCACCUGGGGAACAAAGGUGCACAGAGUGAUGCAGCAGAAAGGAGGGAGAUGCGUUUAUUCUCUAGGGUGUGGAAGGGAAAGAUGAUUAAGAGACGGGAAACUCUCAGGGAGAAGGAGGAAAUGUUUCUUCAUGGCGACUGAGGGAAAAUGAAAAGAACAUUUCGUACAGAGGUCGUCCAUGAGCCCUAGGCAUGACGCGUCAACAUUUGCUUUCUCAUGAGGACUAGCGACAUGGGGAUUAAAAAAAGAGAGAGAACAUUUACUUCGGUAGACAGAGGAAAGUCCGCAGACCCUGAUCAAUGACUCAGCGACAUUUGCUUUCUCAUGAGGACUAGCGUCAGGAUGUGGUUCAUUACAUCAUGGCCAUAAGUUAUAUCAGACCAAAGGCCUUUCUAGUAAAUGAUGCUCAAUUUCGUAUGUGGCUGCCGAGAUCAUAUAACACCGGUCCUGAAAGACCUUCUCAGUACACCCUGUGGAAAGCCCUCCCGUCAGAUGUCAAGGAGAUAAACAACUAUCUGACUUUUAGAAGACAUCUGAAGGCAGCCCUGUUUAGGGAAGCUUUUAAUGUCUGAUGUUUUAUCACCAUCAUCAUCAUCAUAUGCGGAAGGACAAGCCUGUCAGUUUCAAGGACUCUCAGUUCCACGUUUUCCCAAUCCUCCAUUUUGUUUGCCAGAUUUUUGGGAAAUGUUUGCUCCAUUUUUUUAAAGUCCUUGUGAAAAUCCUUCAGAAUUCCAGCCUGCCUUUCUCCUAAUAAGCACCUUCCUGCAAGCCCAUAUGCAAUGCAUUCCUGUAUGUUAUUUUUGCAGAUACCUACCUGCAUUUUUAAAUGCACAUUUCCCCCUAACAUUUCUUUGGCUGCAGAGAUGCAUUGCAAAAAUUCGGAGAGGCACAAUUUUUUUCCUGAAGGAUAGAGAAGUUUUGGUUCGCGUGUUGUUUUGGAGAGGGCCACGAAUCCCGACUUCUUCUCCAUCCUCCACAUCCUCUGCUCCACCAGGCUGAUGCUCUUCCUUCAGAUUCUACCUGCAGGGUGGGAGAGAUCCUGCCAUUCAAGCCCUUCCCCAAGUGCCCCAUGAAACCAGCAUCCUUCCUUCGCCACCUGCUGUUCCUGAACGGGAAAAGCAGGCUGCUCAAAGGGCAGGUUGCGCAUGGCAUCAUGGAAUCAUAGAACUGUAGAGUUGGAAAGGACCCCAGGGGCCAUCUAGUCCAACCUCCUUGCAAUCCUGGAACCUCCCUCUGCUUAAAAACCUCCCAGGAAGGAGAGUCCGCCACCUUCCAACCCAUGGUCGAACAGCUCUUUCUGUCAGAAAGUUCUUCCUGAUGUUGAGUUAAAAACUCUUCUCUUGUCACUUGAAGCCAUGGGUUCGAGUCCUACCUUCCAGAGCAGGAGAAAACCAUCUUCCCUGUGACAGCCCUUGAGCUAUUGGAAGAUGGCUCUCCUCUCUCCUCUCAGUCUCCUCUUUCGCAGGCUAAACAUCCCCAGCUGCUGCAACUGUUCUUGGACACAUAAUAAUUGUGAGCAUUCAUUCUAUCACAUGCGGCUGCUUGGACUGAGUUUUUGUCUCUCUGUGUGAUGAAGGUUGUUGGGUCAAGCUAACCAUGCUGUCAGGGGGCUUAGGCUGUUGUCUUUUGGGGCUGUAUAUAUAAUAAAGGAACCACAAUGGGGUGACGCCAUCCUCUUUCAUUUGUGCUGAUUUCAGUUUGUUGGUUAGCUUUUCCAGCAAGGCUGUUUCUGAUUUCUGUUUGCUUGUUAGAGUAUAAAGAAAAAAGGCACAAAAAUAUAUUUUCCCCACCCCAAACGAAAACUUGAAUCUAAAUAUCUUAUCAAAGGAAAAGGGGGAAGAAAAAGAGUAAGAAAGAGGGAAGAGAAAGAAAGAAAGAAAGAAAGAAAGAAAGGGUAAAAAGGAAUGCCAAGGUUGCAGGUUCGAUUCCUGUAAGGGACAGCUGCCUAUUCCUGCAUUGCAGGGGGUUGGACUGGAUGACCCUCAGGGUCCCUUCCUACUUAGAUUCUGUGGAUUAUGUCCCCCUCUAGUAGGGUUGUUUCUCAUACAGUCUUGUACCAGUGGCCCAUGUUCACUCCUGACAGGUCUCUCCAAUGUCUAGUUAUGACACUCCUAUCUGCAAGUAGCUUAUGAUUUUUUUUGUAAUGUUAGUGUGCAUUGUCAUCUUGAAAAUUUUUUAGUAGGGCCGGUUCUGGAGAGGCUCCUAAUACAUGCUUAGUUAUUUUGCAGAUUUCUCCUCAGAAUGAGGUUCAAAAGCAUUGGAUUUCUGAGCUGAGGCAUCCAGAACUACACACAAUAUUCCUUACUCUCCAUAUACUCAUUGUAUGGAAAUUGACAACAGCAAAAAUGAAUUCUAGGCUGCCCAGUGGUGGCCAAGAGACUGAUAUGGAUGAAUUGGAAUAAUAAUAAUAAUAAUAAUAAUAAUAAUAAUAAUUUUAUUUAUACCCCGCCCUUCCCGGUUCUGAAAACCGGGCUCAGGGUGGCUAACAACAAAUUUAAACCACUUAAUUGAUGCAACAAAAAACAGCAUAAAAUACAGUAUAAAAUGUGAUUAACAAUAAAUGCAGAAUUCAAAAAUCAGUUUAGGGGGAAAAUCCAUCAAAUAAACAUUAGAUGUUUAUUUAGCCAGGGCUAGCUGGCUAAAUUAGUCCUAUUUGGGCCAGUGAGGAGACCAGGGGAGAAUUAGCUGUGGGGUCUCAGAGUGGGUAAUGUUCAUAAAAAGGGGAGAGGGAGGGAAGGAAGGGGAAUAAAAGAUCAGGCUAAGUUCAAAUUGAAAGCCAGGCGGAAUAGCUCUGACUUACAGGCCCUGCGGAAGGAGGUUAAAUCCUGCAGGGCCCUGGUCUCAUGGGACAGAGCAUUCCUCCAGGUCAGAGCCACCACUGAGAAGGCCCUGGCUUUGGUGGAGGAUAGUCUGACUUCCUUAGGGCCCGGGACCUCUAAACUAUGGUUGUUCAUGGACCUUAAGGUCCUCUGUGGGGCAGACCAGGAGAGGCAGUCCCGUAAAUACGAGGGCCCUAUUCCUUCAUCAAUGGCUCAACAACAUGACAAUAUUGGCAGCGUAUGAAUGGACUUCUUAUAGAGGCAGACUUCCUUUGGAUAAAUACCAUGAUAUUGGGAAUGAGUUUUACACAGAAUAUAUUAGGUUACUGACAAUUAUUGCAGAGGUUGGCUGGCCAUCUUUCCUGGAAGUUUGAGCUGAGAUUCCUGUAUUGCAGGGGUUGGACUGGAUGACUCUCGGGGUCCCUUUCAGCUGUACAGAUAAUAAGAAUAUAUACACCUGCAUAUUCAGGUAUGUUAAUGUAACAGCCUUUUUCCUUUUCUUUUCCAAUCUCAUUGUUUAAAAAAGCUCUCAAGUGACCUGGUCCCUUCCAGUGAUUAUAAGUGAUAAGUGUGCCAAAUCCCAUGCAUGCAACUUGACCGUGUGGGCCUUGCAGCAAUUGGGGAAUUUUCCAGCCCGUGUCUAUGAUGACACAUUUCUCUCCACAAACUUUCUGUUUUGUUUUGUUGGGGCUGUUUGAGUAAGGAAGGGAUUUCGAAGAGAGGCAGGCACACAAUUCAGCAGCUGCGGGCAAGACGUCAUGUGAGAGUAGGGCUGGCAUAUUUCAAAGUAUGAAAAUCCAGACAAAAAGUUGGCAAAGUUGUUGUUGAGCAACCCUAGACUUACUGUUCUUACUGAUUUUGGGCCUUUUUGCAGGUUAUUCAGGUGGCAGGGAGUGAAAGGGCAGGUGCUGGGAGAGCAACAGCCAGUAGCCACCAAGGGACCCCCAAGGGUCAUCUAGCUGAACUCUCUGCAAGGAAGGGAUGUGUUUGCAUUUUUUAAAAAAAAUAGAGUACAAUAUUUAUUUGCAGGUGACUGGGUCCUUUCUGACAGAUGCAAGAAGGCUUGCAGUGCGUGCAGAAGGAAAAGAGAAAUUUCCUGGUUGCACAAUAACACAACCCAGAGAUGUGGGGCUUUUUUCUCUUGCAGGUUAUGCGGGUAUGGGGAGUGCAGAGAGCUGGCCUUCUUCUGAACUCCCUCAUUUCCUGAAGGUGUGUGUGUCUAAGAGAUGCCAGUGGGCUGGCAGGCGAUGGGUGAUAGGAGAUCUGAAGGGCUGCCCCAUGGGAGAUGCCCCAUGGAAAUGCCCCUAAGGAACCAUAAGGAAUCAAGAUAGACUGCCUCUGGUGCUGGAGGUUUCAUAAAGGCACAAGCCUCUAGGAUCAGGCCAAUGGGGGCCCAUCUGGCCCACAAGCAGGAUUCAAACACGAGACCAGCCUCUGAUAGACCUCUCCUCCAUGAAUUUAUUGAAUCCUCUGCUGAAGCCGUCAGGGUUGGUGGAAUGUGUUCAUAUUCCCCCCCAUACACUAUUUGUUUAUUGGUAAGUGACUUUCUCAAUGUUUUGCGACAUCAUUUCACUUGAGGCAGAUCUAAACCAUACAUUUGAAGUUCAUACAUCAUUACCAUGGGAACUGCAGUUUUCCCUCUCACAGAGCUGCAGUGCCCAGCUUGCUUAACACACUACAGUUCCCAGGAUUCGAGAAUCCUGUGCUUUAAAUAUCCCUGCAUUGCAGGGGGUUGGACUAGGUGACCCUUUGAGAUCCCUUCCGUCGACAAACGCCAGCUCCCUCAGUCUGAAAAGUGAGAUGAGUGCCGCACCCCCAUACUUGAAUUUGCCUGGACUUAACUAUCUAGGGGUCCUUUACCUUACAAUUCUAUGAUUUUAUGAAAUUUGCUUUCAAUGUUAGGUGUUAGUUAGGACACUUCUCCCUAACAAACUCAUCUUUCUCUCUUCUGCGAAUUUCAUUUGCAAAUAGGUAGCUCUGCUUUCAAAUGCUGGAAAAAUGAAAAUUCUACCCCAUACCUGCAACUGAGCAGCUUUGCUUGUUGCUUCUAUAGGAUAUUUUGUGUUUUUAUAUAUGCUGCAAGCCUCCCAGAGUGGCUGGGGAAAUCCACCCAGAUGGGUGGAAUAUAAAUUUAAAAAGAAAGGAAAUAGCCAGUGUUCAGCCCCUGUAAACAGCGUCUGAGUGGAAAUCACUGACUGUCUGAGAAAAGAGCUCAAAAACUCUUUUUGUGUCCGGAUUUUCACUUUUUGAAAUAUGGCCGUCAUGGAUGCUUGACAGAUGUCAAGGUUGGAAGGACCCCCCGGGGGGUCAUCUAGUCCAGCCCUCUUGCAAGGCAGGAAUCUCAGCUCAAGCACCCUUGACAGACCCAACCUUUGCUUAAAAACCUCUCGGCAAGCAUUUCAUUUUCCAAUAUUCUGAUCAUUUCUACUUUUAGAUAAGUAUUUUUAUUUGUUUCCUUGAUUUAGGGGUGGCCAGCUGCCCCCUGCCUACGCCCAUGACCUUGCCCUCUGGAAGACUUCCUCUUGCAGAAACCCCAGGUUAUUUUUGCGCCUGGGCUUCCUGAUCUCAGGGCUGAAAGGGCGCAGAGAAAAAGAGAGGGGGAGGGACAAAGAGAGGGAACCUGGAGCCAGAAUUGCACGUGCCCGGGUCCUUCUUUCCACCAAACAGAUCACCUUUGAUAAAGAAGAAAGGGAUUGGGGGGGCGGGAAAGGGUGACGCCUCCCUCUCUCAUCACCUGCUUCAUAAAAGUCCUCGCAGGUGGCUGCAAGGAAGCUCUGCAAACAGCUGAUCUCGCCUUUGCAACCCGGGCAAUUCCUCUCUUGGCUUCCCCUUUUGCUUCUUCUAAGCCGAAUUUCUCUUUUUCCUCUCACCUCAGGAUCUCAGCCUCUUCGCUGAACCUCACAGGACAAAUCGCUUGCUUUCUCCCUUUUUAUUCACCUGGCUCCUUUGCUCGUCUAUUCAUUCAUUUCCUUUUGAACUGUUGCUAUCACCUAAACCAGAUUUUCGUUUUUUCAAGAGACAGUGGCAGAGAGGAUAGAGUAGACUCUAUAAUUGCAAGAUAUAGGUUAUCUUCUUAUUCGAUUCCUACUUUACAGACACCAAUUCUGGUGGGGCUGUGUGUGGGGGUGUGGGGGUGUCUUUGCUGACUUUUUAUCCCUGAGAGAUUUUGGGUGGGUUUUAUUUUCCUGGCUUGAUUCCUUUGCCCUUCCUUGGGUGGGGGGCCCUCCUUCUGCUUUCCACACUUUUUUUGUUUCUGUUUAAAUAAAACCUUUGCUCCUUUCUUCCUCGCCUGCAAACUUUUUGCUAUUCCAGUGUAUCACAUCUUGUGGUUAAGUUGUUUGCUAUCCAGGCACCUCCAAAUCUUGUAAAUAGUAAUUUGUGGAGACUUUCUCUCUCUCUCUAUCUCUCUCUCUCUCUCUCCAUCCCACCCCCCUCUCUUUCACCCCACUUCCUGUACUGAGCAGACUUGGACCUUUACUCCCUUCUCCCCAAGGACUGAAGCUCAUUUCUCUUCCCUCGGCUGUUGUCCUUCCAACCCUCCAAGUCCUCCUCCUUUUUCUUUCUCCGCUGGACCCACCAAGGGUUGACCUCUCCAUCUGCUGUGGUGCUGGUCCUCUCAGCUGCCCAAUAUGGCGCUAGGAGGUGGUUUAGAGGUCUUUCGAGCAGAGAUGCUCACCUUCAGUUUAUGGGAUUAUGGGGUCUUUGCCUUGAUGCUCCUCAUCUCCACCAGCAUCGGCCUCUUCUAUGCCCUCUCCAAAGGAGGCCAGAAGACUUCUGAGGACUUCUUCACAGGCGGGCGGCAGAUGUCGGCUAUCCCUGUGGGGCUCUCCCUGUCCGCCAGCUUCAUGUCGGCCAUCCAGGUUCUGGGGGUCCCGGCCGAGGCCUAUCGCUAUGGGGUGAAGUUCCUGUGGAUGUGCUUGGGGCAGCUGCUGAACACACUCCUGACCGCUUACCUCUUCCUGCCGGUCUUCUACCGCCUCGGCCUCACCAGCACCUACGAGGUGAGCUCAUUGCUUGGUUUGCUUUAUUGCAAUUCUUUUAAAAAAUGUAUUUAUCAGUUUUUUAGUUUUACAAUUUUUUGGCAGCAAAUCACAGUGCAUAAAAUACCAUGAAGCAUACAAAACCAUGUAAAAGGAUCAAACAUGUCAUGCAUUUUAGUUAUCCUUUCCCACUGCAUGUUUCAAUCAAUCCGUGUUCUUUUCUUUUUCAAUCUUCUCUGUUAGGUUUACACUGCUGAAUUUACUCUAAACCUACUAACGUCUUAAUCCGUUCAAAAUAAUUUUUUUAGAUAUUCCAGAAAACUUUUCCAAACUUGCUUAAAGACUCUUUCUUCCUGAUCUCUUGAUUGCUUCGUUGCAUUUCUGUCCCAAGAUAAAUUGACGCACAUGGUGGUUCUUCCACUCCUCAUUUAGUCCCCACAACAGCCCUGUGAGGUAGGGCAGGCUGAGAGGCAGAGGCUGCCCCCCAAGGUCGCUUCCACUGAGCUUCAUGGUCGAGUGAGACCUCUUCCUAGCUCAGUCAGUAGAGCAGGAGCCUCAGGACUGCAGGUUCAAGCCCCACGUUGGGCAAAAGAUUCCUGCAUUGCAGUGGGUUGGGCUAGAUGACCCCUGGGGUCCCUUCCAACUCUACAAGUCUAGAAUUCUAUGACUUGAACCCAGGUCUCUUCCAGCUCCUGGUCCUCAUUUAAUCCCCACAACAACCCUGUGAGGUAGGCUAGUGCCCGCAAGGUCAUGCCUAGUGGACUUCAUGGCUGAGUGGGAGGACUUGAACUCUUCCAGGUCUUAGAUUGUGCUGUGAUUCCUGCAUUGCAGCAGGCUGGGCUAGGAGGACCCUUGGAGCAAUUUAUGAUUCUAUGAUCCAUUGAAGGUUUUUAAACAGGGCUCCUUCCAACUAGGAGAUAUCUAUGAGAGUUUGGACAGGCAUCUGUGAGUGAUUCUUGGCAGGGAGUUGCCAGACUCCUGCUUGUGGGCUUCCCAUCGGGGCAGGAGGAAGGGCUGGAUGGGCCCCUUUGACAGGUCCAGCUGCUGCCCGGCUCCUAUGUCCCUAAGGAACCUCCCAGGCCAGAGGCAAUCUAUCUGGAUUCCUAGGUUCUAUGGGGUAUUUGGCCCCUGUGAGAACAGGGGGCUGGGCUCUGUCCAAUUCUGCAGAUUGGAGAGGUGAAGUGUUUAUUGUGGUUUGACCAUGUGAAGCACCUUGAGACUUCCUCCCUGACAUCUCCACCAUCUGGGGAUCCCUGGAUCUGGACUGUUUUCACUCACUGAUACCCCAUCCUGUAGAAUUUUAUCAGUUAUAUUUCAUCUGCACAAUUGGAAUGAAUUUCUGGAACCAAAAUGCCUUUUCUGUGCAGCCUGAGCAAGAUCAGUGAACAAUGCAAUAGUGAAUUGUUGUUGCAUGUCUUCACUCCCCCCACCCCGCCCUGCUCAGAGUUGAGAAGAAUAUUCUUACAUUAUGAAUAGUCCAUGUCUCCGGUAUAGAGGCUAAUAUAUAUGCAGACUGUUCCUGGAUCAAGUGACUUUCCUUUAAGUUAUCACAGCUCUUAACCCAGUUCAGGGUCGUCCUCGGAACUAGUCAGAUGUUUAACUGAGAAUCAAGCACUGUUAGCCCAUCAUUUGACAAAAUAAGAUUUUAGAGCCGUCUUGCCCCAAAAUGGCAACUAGACAUUCCAUUUUGGUUACUGCAACCUCAGUUUAGGGGGGCUUAACUGGCUGCUGGCUGCUGCUCUGCGGGUGAGAGAAGGAGCUCUGAGCGAACUUUAGCUGCUUUGCACCCAGCCUUCCAGCAGCAAAGUGACCUCAGGAUAAACCGAGGUCAGUCCUUUUGCACAGCACUAAUCUUUGCACCGUCUCCUGUGGACCUUGAGGUUUUGUUUGGGUGCUUGUCACUUUGGCACAGUUAAAAACAUGCCAGAUGAUUUGCGUUGCCUGCUCAAAACAACCUGAAACAAAACAGAGUAAGAGGCAAGGCUGUCCAUCACCUUGACCCUAACACUGGGUGAUCCUCGCACUCGCAUCCCACUUGCGAGUUUCCCAUAACAGGAGGCUGGACUAGGUGGACCAUUUGCCUGAUCCAGCAGGGGUCUUUUUAUGUUCAUAAGGGCAUUAGGAACACAGGAAGCUGCCUUAGAAUCAUAGCGUUGGAAGGGGCCUGAGGGUCAUCUAGUCCAACCCCGUACAAUGUAGGAAUCUUGGCUAAAGCAUCCAUGACAGAUGGCCACCCAACCUCUGCUUAAAAAAGGAGGAGUGUCCUGAGGGAGACAGUUCCAUGGUUGAACAGCUCUCACUGUCAGAAAGUUCUUCCUGAUGUUUAGUUGGAAUCUCCUUUUUUUGUAACUUGAAGCCAUUGGUUUGGCACCUACCCUCCAGAGCAGGAGAAAACAAGCUUGUUCCCUCUUCCAUGUGACAGCCCUUCAGAUAUUGGAAGAUGGCUCCCUUCAGUCUCCUCUUCACCUGGCUAAACAUACCCAGCUCCUUCAGCCAUUCCUCAUAAGGCCUGAUCAUCUUGGCUGCCCUCCUUUGCACAUGUUCUAGUUUGUCAAUGUCCUUCUUAAAUUGUGGUGCCCAGAAUUGGACACAAUAUCCCAGGUGUGGUCUGACCAAGGCAGAAUAGUGGAAAUACAAAUCUCCAGGAUCUGGACACAAGGCUUCAUGGAAGAUGAACCCCUUGGGCCAAGCUGUUGCUUUGGAUGCGUGUUGCAAGAGCUGAGCUGCCCAUGAAGCUGAGCUUUGCAAAAGGUUGGCCGCAAACCCAACUCCCUCAACCGUUCCUCAUCAGGCUUGGCUUCCAGACCCUUGAUUAUCUCCGCUGCCCUCCUCUGCACACCUUCCAGCUUAAAUUGCGGAGGGUAUUCUAGUGUUUCCUGAGUUCUAGUGUUAGGACAGAGGAAGAAAAAUGCUCCUCUGCUCACGAUCUCCAGGCCCAGCUUGGUUUUACAAACCCACGUGACCACAUGCAUGUUUCCAGUGCACAUGCCCAUGCGCUGCAGAGGCCUCUCCCGAACCAGAUGGCAGGAUAAGGGUGUUUUCCUAGCGUAUCUUGAGGCUCCCAAAACAAACCACCUCUUGACUUUUGAAUCAGCCCUGUCUGAGCACCCUCUUACAGAGCAAACAUAUCCAGACCAGCUGAGAGGAGAUUUUGGCAGCAGAGGCAGCCUUGUUCUCACUCCCGGAAUGUUGGCCAGGAAUGUGCCAACGUGUGUAAAAUUUACAAAGCAAACGUAGCCCAUUGGAGCUCUCUCCUCAGUUAGGUUCCUCGUGCUUCUGAUCUAAAAUCCUGUUUUUGCAUCAUUUUGCUAUUUUCUUUUUUUUUAACCCUACCACUGCAUGCAAUUUUACUAAUACUUUAGAGCAGAUUUCUCCCAAUAAACACAUUUUUGCUAUCACUUUUAGAAUCAUAGACUUGUAGAGACAUGGGUCUUGAACCUACAACCUUGAGAUUAAGGCUCUCAUGCUCUACCUGCAGAGCUAUCAGAAUACAUUUUUCUACGUUAUAUUCACCCAUGAAUUCAUGUGGCACAGUGGGUCAGUGGGUCUGGCUGUUCACCCAAAGGCUGGUGGUGCAUUGAAGGGGGUUGGACUGAAUGACCUCUGGGGGUCCCUUCCCUUCCACCUCUACCAUUCUAGGAUUCUGUGAUAUAGCAAAGGUGUGACUAGGUGUAAUGUAGCUUCCUGUGUUCCAGCUAAGUACAAAACCUCCAACAUUUCUCUGAUGAAAACAGGCAUGUCCUGUUAAAUAAUAAUAACCAUAACAAUAAUACCAUAAUAAUUAAUUUUAUUAUUUAUACCCCACCAUUUAUAUCACAGGCACUCUGGGCAGCUUCCAACAUAUAUAAAACAUAAUGAAACAUUACACAUUAAAAAAAGCUUCCCUAUCCAGGGCUGCGUUCAGAUGUUGUCCAAAGGUUGUCUAGUGACUUAUUUCUUUGGCUCGGGGGUUGCAUAACUCCAGACCCCCCAACAUUUCUCCAGAGAAAAUAGGGACGUCCUAAACAGUGGUGGAGUUUCAUGCUCCGGCACCGGGGGGGGGGGCGGAGAGCAGGCGGGGUGGGGCUGGUGCGUGUCCCAGGGGCAUGGCGCCCAGCGUGGGCGGGGGGAGCAGCCGCGAUGGCAACCCCCCCCCCACCGGGAUUGCGCUGCCGGGGCGGUGCACUCCCCCCACACUCCUCUUCCUCCGCCACUGGUUCUAAAGGAAAGCAGGACAUUUCGGGAUCAAAUCAGAAAUCGGGCCAGCUUCUGUAAAACAGGGAGUUUCCCUGCAAAAAGGGACACUUGGAGGUCUGAAAGUACACAGUGGAUUACAUAUAGAGGAAUGUUGCAUAUACAGGAUUAUAUUGUUUGCCUCGGAGACGUUUGAUGCUGUCAGGCAGAUCAACAAAUGACUCAAGGAGUGAACCUCGGGUCUGAGUCACCUGUUGACUGAUUUCAGAUUUAAUCCUCUGCAUCUGGACUAGAUCCCUGGGAUCACACUGCGGUGUCCCAAAGCCCUGCAGUCAUCUUGUUUGCAUUGCAUAGCAGCCUGCAGUUAGCUGGGAUUAUUACUAUUUUUAAAGAAAUUGGGGUUUAGGAACUGCCAAUCUUGCAAAGUGGUUUGGAUUGCGAAAGAGAAGGGCUGAGAGUUUCCCUACCUGUCGCGCAACACAAGAACUUGUAGCCAACGGAAACUGAGGUCAGAUAAACGAAGAAACCGUCUGCACACAGCACGCAGAUGAACUGUGGAACUCCCUGCCACAGGGGGAGUGAGGGAUUCCAAACUGGAUGGCUUUAAACUGUGCCUUUUUUUCUAAAAAUAAUGCUUAGGGGUAUUCUCAUUUUCCUACUCAUAUUGAAAUACUGCCCCUCAAUGAGGCCAAACUUAGAUUCACAAAAUGUUUGGCGGUAUGCGUACCUGUUUGGAGUCCGCCAUGCUUCUGAGUUCCAGUUGCUGGAAACCGCAGGAGGGGAGAGAUGCUCUUGAAUCCUGCUUGCGGGUUCCCUUUGGGGCAUCUGGUGCACCACUGUGAGGACAGGAUGCUGGGCCAGGUGGGCCAUUGGCCUGAUCCAGCAGCCAGGCUUUUCUCGUGCUCUUGUGGAGCCUCCAGGCCCAGAGGCAGUCUAUCCUGAUUCCCAGGUUCUAUGGGGUAUUUGGCCACCGGGAGGACAGGACCCUGGGCUAGAUGGGCUUCCCUUGGCCUGAUGCAGCUGGUUAUCUUCUUAUGGAACUUCCAAGUCCAGAAGCAGUCUACCCAGAUUCCUAGAUUCUUAGGGGUCUUUGGCCACUGUGAGGACAGGGUGAAGGACUAGAUGGGCCCCUUGGCCCUGGGUUCUCACAUGAAACCCAGGCAGCCAGGCCUCACCUGACGCAAAAGCCACCAUCCCGGAUUGGAUGCUUUUGCUUGCAUGGCUGGGCAGGGAGCCAAGAAGCACCAUCAAGGGCUUUCAAAGAGGCAGAGAGCCAUGUCGCUCUGGAGGGAAGGUAUCUCAGGUGGGUUGAGGAAGCCAGCCGUGGAAGGAUGUGGUGCGCAUUUGCGUAUGGUAGUGCCGCAGAUGAGCUGAUGUGGAAGCUUGGUUCCACAAGGAGCUCUCAAGGACAUCACAGCAACCUGGAAGCUGCCUCAUAAUCCAGUAAGAACAUCAGAGGAACCCCUGUUGGGUCAGGCCAAAACCGCAGACCUUUGAGCUAGAGGUGAGAGAAGGCUCAGGGGCAAAGUCCCCGUCCCUGCACUUCUUGACCGCCUGGAAAUCAUCAGAGAUGGGGUGAAAGGCGAAACACACACACACACACACACACACACACACACACACACACACAGGGGUGUCUCUGUGUGUUUGCAAAAUCAAUAAACAAAAUGUGUGUGUGUGUUUUGGAACAAGGGAGGCAGUCAGCUGAGAUGCUGCUGGGAACGAAGUCUGCUUACUAUCUUUGGCAGGGAAUGGCUGAGCUGAAAGAAUGAUGGAAACAGCUGGAAUCCUGCCAUAGAAUCAGAGGAUUGUAGAGCUGAAAGGAACCCUGGGGUCAUCUAGCCCAACCCCACUCAAAUCCAUGACUCUGAGAUUUGGAGUCUCUCGUGCUCUGCUGAAUGGGCUGCCCGAGCCAGACCACUAGGCACAUCUAACCUAGUGGUGCCCACACUGACUGGCAGCCGCUCUCAAGAGUUUCAGGACAGGAGUCUUUCCCAGCCUUCCCUGGAGGGGCCCUUUGGGACUGAAUCGGGGACCUUCUGCUUGCAAGGAUGCUGAACCGUGACCCUUCCACUGAAAAUAUUUUUUUUUAAAGAUUCUAGUCCACACCCUUAUUAGAAUCAUGGAACUGUAAAGUUGGAAGGAACCCCAAGGGUCAUCUAGUCCAACCCCCUGCGAGGCUGGAAUCUCAGCUAAAGCAACCAUGGCCUGUUCAUUCAAUAGGAACAAAGAAAUCUCCCUUGUAGCCUUGACCCAUUCACCACAGUGUUGUCUAGACAGACUGGCAGCUAUGGCUCUUCAGGGUUUCAGAUUCGGGGGUCUCUCCCUGCAGCCCGUCCUGGAGAUGCCCCGGGUGACCUUCCGCAUGCAAUAUAGGGGCUUGACUGCUGAGCGAAGGUCCUUCUUCUCCAUGCCCUGGGCUCAGUGGAUAAGAGCACGAGGCUCUCUUUCUCAGGGUCAUGAGUUCGAGCCUCAUGUUGGGCAAAAGAUUCCUGCACUGCAGGGGGUUGGGCUAGAUGGCCCUUGAGGUCCCUUCCAACGCUACAAUGUUACCUGAAUCUACAAUUCUGGAAUUCUUCUUAAACCAAGAUGAGGCUCCUGCCCUCAUGUUUCUGAAAAAAGGAGGGAUUUAAUUGCAAUCUGUGUCAUACCAGCUUAGAUUGCUAGUCCAUGUAGCUCAGUACUGUCUACACUGGCUGGCUGCAAUGAACCACCAGGACUUCAGAGAAGAGGUCUUUCCUAGUCCCACUUGGAGAUGCCACCAUGGGACUGAUCCUGGGACCUUCUUCUGAGAGGAAUCUCCUGUGGAGACUCUUUGGAAAGAUCCCAGGAGUCCUUCUCCCUCUCCUCUCAACUCUCCAUCUUCUCUCGACAGUACCUGGAAAUGAGGUUCUCCAAAGCAGUCCGCCUGUGUGGGACGAUCCAGUAUAUCAUUGCCACGGUAAGUCGCUGGGGGUCUGCUGCGUGGGCAAAGAAUCUGUGGGAGAGAGGAGGGCAGAAACAGGGCAGAAGCUGAAGCAGGAGAGGAGGGGUCAAGGGGAGAGAGGAGUCUGGCUGGUGAAGAAGCCAGGGGGUCUCCCCCCUCCUGCUGCAACAAGUUCCCCUCCCCGCUGGUCUCCCAGAAGCAGGAGAGGUUGGUUUAAGGUAGCACAACUGGGCGCUAUGCUGCAGGGGACACCAAAACUACACUGUAGAACGGAGUGCAAGAAGUGGGGGGGGGGCACCAAAUUUUAGCGUUGCACAGGGCACUGUUGAAAUUUGAAAGCCCAAAGUCCACCCCUGUUUCCUCCAAAGUUCCUUCUUCUAAGACAUGGAUGCCAAUGUUGAAACAAUUCCUUCUCCCCAUCCAACACAGAUGCUGUAUACCGGGAUUGUUAUCUAUGCUCCAGCCUUGAUCCUCAACCAAGGUCAGUCUUGUGUUGUCUCUCGGGUCUGGAGAGCAAGCCAGAUGAGGAGUGGUUGAGGGAGUGGGGUCCGUUCAGCCUGGACACCGCAAAUAGUGGAAGGGCUCUCGCAUGGAAGGUGGAGCAAGCUUCGUAGAAUGGCAGCGUUGGAAGGGGUCCCCGGGGGUCAUGCAGGGAUCUCAGCUGACAGGGGGCCCACCAGCCUCUGCUUGAAAACUCCCCCUGAGCUCACAGUCCUUCCCUUUUGAGGAGCAACACUUUUUGCUGGCAGCUUCAAGACCAACCUUUCCUCUUGGUUAUGUCUCUAGUGACUGGGCUGGAUAUCUGGGCCUCCCUGCUCUCCACGGGGAUCAUCUGCACCUUCUACACAACCAUUGUGAGUACGAUUGGAUGGGCUCAUUGAUUUAUUUCCAUUAAUUAAUUUCUUUUUUAAAAAAAUAUUUUUAUUGCUCAAUUUCCAAAUAACAAAUUAUCAAGCCAUACAAACACCUACAUAAUCCCCCCCAUGGACUUCCCUCAGCUCCUCUCCCUGAUUUUGCUGCACAUAUUUUCUCUGCAUAUUAUAAAAUUAUAUAUAUCCUUACAUAUCUGUCUUUCAUGUUAUCAACAAUAAAUUUGUGUAUUCAAAUUUGCCAAGGAGCCCAGUUCAUUUUUUUUGUAUUUUUAAAUAAGUUGUCUAAAGUUCCCAUUCCUCCUUGAAGUCACAGUUGUCCUUGUCUCGCAAUUUGUAUGUCAAUUUGGCCAGUUCUGUGUAGUUCAUCAAUUUCUCUUGCCACUGUUCCAUUGUCGGGAUUUCUUCAUUCUUCCAUCCUUGUGCUAUCAAGACUCUUGCCGCUGUUGUAGCAUACAUAAAUAAGUUCCUUAUUUUCCUUGGCAGGUCUUGUCCUGCAAUCCCUAACAAAAAUUGUUAUGUACUGAGUUGAAUAGGAUCCAAACUGCAGCAGUCUGAUUGGUCCUAGAACAAUAGGAUUCAGAAUGCAGCAGUCUGAUUGGUCCUAGAACAAUGCAGCAGUAUGAUUGGUUGGCAGGAACCACCCAAUCAUGCUCCAGAUAGAAGUGAAUCCACAACCUGAUUGGCUUACAGUAGAAUUCCGGAAUUAGCCAAUCAUGUGCAGCCCAUUGUGUAAAUAAUGUAUAUAAAGCAGAUACUUUGAGGGGACUUUCAUUCAUUCCUCCUCACCACUAUGAGCUGAAUAAAGAGCAUGAAAUCACUUUGCGACUCUGAGUAUAUUUCAAAAAUGCUUCUGGUUUUUUUGCAAAUGUCAUUUUAAACAUUUUCUUCAAUUCAUUAUAUAUCAUUUCCCAAUUUUUUAAAAUUUCAAUUAAUUAAUUUCUAUUUAUGCACAUUCAGUUUGUGUGCAACCAUACACACACACGCUGAUCCCGGAAGUGACCUGGAAACGUCACCAGAAGGGGCGGAAGCAGGGGCGGGAUGGGGCAUUUGCUUAGCUUUGCAAAUGUGCUAGCAGUUUUAUCGUUGCACCACCUGGAGGGUAAAAAUGCACAACCCUGCUUUAAAAUAAAAAUACUAAAACUAAUUACUAUGACCUCACCCUUCUUAAGGUAGGCUUGGAGAAACAAGGAUGUUUUUAGCAGGCGCCGAAAAGGGAGCAGGGAGAGCGCCUGCCUGGUGCCAAGAGGCAGGGAGUUCCAAAGGUUAGGCACUGCCAUCCUAAGUGAUUGAUGUGCUUGGGGGCUCCCUCUCCACCCGGGGGUGAGCCAAAGUCCUCCCUGACCCAUUCCGGUAGAUGCCUGCUCUCCAAGUGGUUUGCAACAAAAGUACCAGUAAAAUAAAUAAAAUAAUAAUAUAAAACGAGAAAACCACUCUUAAAAAUAAGAAAUCAGUAUGACGCACUGUUCCUGGAAGAAUGGAAUAUUUGAAAUAAUAUUUUGGAAUAUUUGUAAAAUAUCAGAUGACAUUAUGAGCAGGAUUUGGAAUAUGAGCAGCAGCAGAGAACUGAUAAUAUAUGAAAAAGGAGGCUAUGUCUUGGGUGAAAUGCAGUAUGUUGUUAUUUGAUAUAAUUUUGUUUUAUCUACAUGCAGGCAUUGGUAAAGGGACAGCUUGAAGGACAAGGAAUUUGCUUUAAAAUGGGUGUUAAUUUGAGAUAUAUCUGUAAAAUAAGCAGCAUGUAAAAGGGUAUGAACUGGAAUAUAUCUGAGAGAGUGGGAAACCAGUUUUUGCAUAAACCUGUAUGAAAUUAAUUUUAAUUUGGUUUUGAUGUGUUUUAAAUUUGAAAAUGAAUAAAAAUUAAUUGGCAGAAAAAAAUAGAAUACAUUCUGUAAAUGGGAUGGGAUUAAGAAUGGCAUGGAGAGGAAGACCAGAAGUCAAAGUUGAAAGAGAAACGCAUAACAAAUUUGGAAUGUAGAAUUUAUAUGUAAAGGUGUUAGCAUUUAAGUAAAUAAUUGAUGGAGAGAGAGACUUUUAAAAGCAUUUGAAAGAGGAAACCAGCCACGACAUGUUCAUUUCUCUGUGCGUUCUGCAGCCAGGCGACUUGGGCGCCCCUAACUUUCCCCUCCGUCUUCCAGGGAGGAAUGAAAGCCGUGAUCUGGACGGACGUCUUCCAAGUGGUGGUGAUGCUUUCGGGUUUUGUCGCCAUCUUGAUCCAGGGGACCAUCCUGGUGGGGAGCCCCGCACAAGUCCUGGCCAUCGCCUACAAUAACUCCCGCAUCAACUUCAACGAGUACGUCCUGGGUUGUGGAAACUAUAGCGCUAUCGGCGCCAUCUCUGGGGGGUCCAGAGGCAGUCUAUUGUGAUUCCUAGGUCCGUCUUCCCACAUUCCUCCCUCUCUGUUUCCCCAGCUUUAACCUGGAUCCUCGCAGCCGCUACACUUUUUGGACCUUCAUCUUUGGCGGGACGAUGGUCUGGCUUUCCAUGUACGGGGUGAAUCAGGCCCAGGUCCAGCGCUACGUGGCCUGCAAGACAGAGAGAGAGGCGAAAUUGUGAGUUGGGUGGAAGGGGGAAACCUGAAGGGAGGGCUCAUUUAAGCAUCGCCCUUAGACGCCGGAGGGAACUGAGAAGGAAUAACCUGGGGCAUCUUUUCGCAGUGGAGCAAGCAGAGACCCCCAACCCAAAGGAGUCCAUUUUUGUGUCUGAUUUUCCUAGAAGCUGCAUCUGAGCAGCUUCCCAACUCCCCGUUUCAGAGGGAACAGAAAAUAGAGAAAAGCUGACCCUAUUUUCACUGAAGAAAUGUUGGAGGGGCCAGAGGGAACUGAAGCCCCAAAGUGGUGGAGGCUGAUACACAUCAGAAGGAAUAUCAAUCAAUCAAUCAAUCAAUCAAUCAAUCAGUCAUAGACCAGCAGUUUAAAAAAGGCUAAGAAUACAAUAGUUGUAAGAACAAGCCGGAUAAAAGCAGGGAGACGAGUCGCCAACCAGCUAGAAUUUUAGUUGUUACUAAAAUGAUUCGAAGAAGAGCCAUGUGUCUGAAAUACAAGAUUUCAUAAAAGGAAUUAUAAUAAGGCCUCUCUCAGGCUUGCUGUCUUGAUUUAUCAUGAUUUUCCUGCGGGUAAUAGCAGAUGCACAGAAUUGUGCUACAUUGUGUGUAAUCAGAGGGUUUCAAUCUGAUAAUAGGUAUUUUAAACAGACUGCUUCAGAUCUCCCUGAAUUGGGGUAAUGAGCUGUUUGCGGAGGUUGUAAUUAAAAGGGCAAUGGAAUAAUACAUUGGCACUUCCCAUGUCACAUUGAAAUUACCACUUUUAAACAGGGAUCUUAUUAUUUCUGCCUCUGAGGAGUAGGGAAGGUAGAAUUCUAAAUCUGGUUAGCAUAAAAGCUUUCCUAUAUUUGGGGAUGGGUAAAUUUGACACCUAUUUUGGCAUUGUAAAUGCUCCCACAUAGCCCUUAAUAGGGAAUAAUCCGAGGUGACUUUUGCACUGGGGCGAACAGAGACUCCCCCCCCCCAAAAGGGCUGCAUUUUUGUCUCAUAUUUCCUCGGAAGCUGCUGGCUGUUCCUCUGGCCGAGGCUUCUGAGAUCCCCAUGGCAGAUCCCGGGGCACCUGCCAGGUAGUUGUGUUGCUCCGUGUCCCUGAGUCUAUAGACUCAAGCUGUAUUCCUGGGGAGGCUCGAUAACCUGGGGGCACCCUCUUGGCCACCCCACCCGGGUGCCCAGCCCCACAGCCCCACAAAGCUAUCAGCCGCUGGCUGGGCUGUGCUGGGCUGAUAAAAAGGUUGGCUGGGGACAGACUGGGAGAUCCAGGGCCUUCCUGCAUAGACCAGGCAAGGUGCCAGACCUCAGUGUUUCAUUUAAUCAGGGCAUUUAUGUCACAGCCUUUUCUCCAAGGAGCCCAAGGCAGCUUGCCUGGGUCUCCUCUUUUAACACCCCCCCCCAAUGACCCUGGGAGGUGGGCUAAUGCCACAGGAGGGGAGAGAGGGCUCUUGUGUUCAAAUCCUGCUUCCCUUCAGGGCACCUGGUUGGCUGCUGUGGAAACAUGACACUGGACUAGAAGGGGCCAUUGCCCUGAUCCAGCAGAAGCCCCUUAUUACAGAAUCACAGAAUUGUAGAGUUGGAAAGGACCCCGAGGGUCAUCUAGACCAACCCCCUUCAAUGCAGAAGUAUGCAGCUGGCCCACACGGGGAUUGAACCCACGAACUGAGAAGAUAGCUCAGUCAGCAGAGCAUGGGACUCUUAAUCUCAAGGUCGUGGGUUCAAGCCAUGCAUUGUGCAGAAUAUUCCUGCCUUGCAGGGGGUUGGACUAGAUGACCCUCAGGGUCCCUUCCAACUUGACAAUUCUGUAAUUCUACAAAUCUACCUUGGCACCACACUCUGACCAACUGAGCCACCUUCUGGGCUCCCCAUCCCUCUUCCAGACCUUUGUAAGCUCCUUAAUUGCUUGAUUUCCCCUAUUCUCCCUGUCCUGGGUUCAAAUUUUAUUUUUGUCCUCUCUGCUUCCCCUCUUCUCUCUCUCCAGAGCUCUCCUUGUCAACCAGGUGGGCCUCUUCUUCAUCGUCUCCAGCGCUGUGGGCUGCGGGAUUGUCAUGUUCACCCUCUACAAGGACUGCGACCCCCUUUUGGCCGGACACAUCUCUGCACCUGACCAGGUACCUCUGCCUCGCAGGGGUGGGGCUGGGGCUCAGAGGGGGCUUGGAAAGCCACAGCAAACUGCUUGCCGUAGGAAAGAACAAAGGGUCAAACAGGCAAACAAACAACCCCCAACAGAGAAGUUCUUGUGCUGCAGUCGUGCAAAAAUGUUAAGGGAUGGCGGGAGGUAGAACACACAUUGGAGAAAUGAGAAAGAAAGCAGACGGGGUGGAAAUUGCUGAGGUCUGCUUGUUUAAUUUAAGAAAUGUAUUAGUUACCUUGCAGGGGGUGGGCAUAGAAUCAUGGAACUCUUCCAACUUUAUGAUUCUUUCAUUUUCCCUGUUAACAAUUCCUGCACUGCAGGGGGUGGACUGGAUGACCCUUGGGGUCCCUUUUGACUCUACCAUUCUUUGUGCAUCUUGUGGCCAGCUUCAAAUCAUGGCCAUCUCCCUGCCCUCCUGCUGCCCCUGAAACAGAACUGACACUUUCUCUCCUUUUCUCUCAGUACAUGCCUUAUUUGGUCUUGGAUAUCUUUGAGAAAUACCCCGGGGUGCCUGGACUUUUCCUGGCUUGUGCAUACAGCGGGACUCUGAGGUGAGUGUGGGAGACCCCUCUUUGCCCCACGCAGAAUAAACCCCCCAAAGAAAUUACAUUUCCUGCAAAGGAGACACAAAAACUUUGAUUCCUGAGUAUAGCUAAAGCUAUCUAAUAUUAGAAGCUCUAGGAAAGUCAACAAAAUUUCUUUUCUUGCAUCUGCUUCUGGGGCGGAGCAUGGUGCCCCCAAAGUCCCCAGCUCCACCUGGAGGGAGAUUGUGGUUUCUCAGGGAGCGUUUCCAUUUCAGUUUUCUGAGUAUUUCCAGCACUCUGGUCCAGUGCAGGAUGCUGACCUGAAAUUCAACAGCCAGCCUGGUUAGGUUUUGUACACAAAUGGCAGUGGCAAAAUGUCCUGGGCUCAGCCUGAGGAUCUCUAGGGGCCUCAAUAGGGGAGGCCCCGUGAGUUAGGAACACCAGAAAGACACCCCUCACUUUCUUCUAGAACGGGACGGGUGUUGGUUUACGCAGAUUAAAACGCUGCAGGUGAGAUGCAAAAAGCGAGGAACAUAUAAAAAUAAUCAUGAAUUUAAUAGAAUUAAAACAAUAUUUCUACAUUGCAGGGGGUUGGACUAGAUGAUCACUGGGGUCCCUUCCAACACUACAGAUUCUAAUAUGAAAAAGAUCUAUUAAAAGACACAUAAUAAAAACAACACAGCACUCUUAAAAACCGUUUCCUUUUUUUAAAAAAGACCAAUCGAAAUAGAACAGGAUUCACUUGCCAGCAGAAGGUCAGCAAGGAGGGAGCCAGCCAAGCUUCUCUAGGCAGGGAGUUCCAAAGUUGUCUGGGAGGAGCCACCACCAAAAAGCUCCUCUCCCGCUAUAUGGGAAGAUAUAGACCUUCAGCUAGCCUUCAGGAUCAGGCCAAAGGAUCAUCUAGGUCUGCAUUUCAUCCCUGGAGGGGCCAAAUUACCCCAAAGAACCUAGGGAUCUAGAUAGACUGCCUCUGGACCUGGAGGUUCCACAAGAGUCGAUGGCACCCCCCUGAGAGGUGCUGGAACUGCACUCUGGCAUUCUCUGGCUGGGGAAAAAAGCACUGCCAGAAAAGCAUGGCAUGAGCUGAACAGCCGUCUCUUGGGAUUGCUUCCCCGGUGCAUUUGAUGAUAGACUGCUCUUGAAGCUGGAGGCUCCUUCCUAGCUAAUUCCGGCUGUUGGUGGCUUUGUCCUCCAUGACUGCCCCGUCUUCCCUCCCUCUGCAGCACGGCUUCCACCAGCAUCAACGCCAUGGCCGCCGUCACCGUGGAGGACCUGAUCAAGCCGAACUUGCCCAGCCUCUCCCCACGGAAGCUGACCCUCAUCUCCAAAGGGCUCUGUGAGUGAAGGUGGCCGGGGCAUCCUCCAAAGCGUGGGGAGGCUGGGCUGGGCAUCCCAGGAGACCCCUUGGGAACAAGCAUAGUUCCGUCAGGAGAUUCUUAAUUUCGGGGUUGGGGGUUCGAGCCCCACAUUGGGUAAAAAGAUUCCUGCAUUGCAGGGGGUGGGACUAGAUGGCCCUCGGGUCCCUUCCAGCUCGAUGAUUCUAUCAUCCUAAGCCAAUUGCUUUCAACAGAUCUACUCCUGAGGAUUUGUUCAUUUCGUAAAAUUUAUACACUGCUUGAUUGUAAACAAACAAACAAGCAGUCUCCAGCAAGGCCAAAACACUAAAAUGGCCAAUGAGAAAAAUUAGCAGUAAUAAUAAUAAUAAUAAUAAUAAUAAUAAUAAUAAUAAUGGAAAUUGUGCUUUUAUUCUUAACAUUUCCAGCACUGAUUUAUGGGACGUCGUGCAUCACCGUUGCAGCGCUGUCUUCGUUACUGGGAGGUGGGGUGUUGCAGGUAAUAAUAAUUUUAUUAUUAUUAUUUUGUUAUUUUUACUAUUUAUGCACUGCCCAUCCGGCAGUGUAACUGUCUCCGCUUAUGACCCCUCCCUCAAUUUCUUCUCUUUCUUCCACAAGGAUUUGGCUCAUGUGUUUUUUCCUGAAAGCACAAUCUGCAUUCGAGAUAGCAACAGGGUAUUUUGCAGGCCACGCUUCUCUACUAUUUUCUUCAGGGAGCCAAACUACUUAAGAACCCAAGAAGAGGCAGCUGGAUCAGGCCAAAGGCUCUCCCCCCCCCCCCCCCAGUUCAGCAUCCUGCACUCACAGCGGCCAAAUGUCCUUAGGAAUCUGGGAAUUGAGAUAGACUGCCCCUGGACCAGGAGGUUCCAUAAGAAGAUCAUAAGAGUUUGGCUGGCUGGAUGAGGCCAAAGGGGGCCCAUCUAGUCCAGCCUCCUGUUCUCACAGUGGCCAGCCUGCAAGGGAAACCCACAAGCAAGAUCUGAGCACAGCUGCUGUUUCCCCAUCAUCUAGUAUUCAGAGGUAGACUGCUCUUGGGCAUGGAGGUUCUGCUGUCACAGUAGUCCUCCUUAAGAAGAGCUUGGCUGCUGGAUCAGGCCCAUCUCAUCCUGCACCUGUUCUCACAGGUGCCCCCAAAGGAAACCCAGGAGGAGGUCCUUUUAUGAUUCCUGUUGCAGGGAGUUCCCCUAACCCUUCUUUUUAUCUGUAGCUGUAGAGUCUAGGAACCACUGAUAGCCUCCUCCUCCUCCAUGAAUUUGCCCCGCCUCUUUCGAAGUCCUCCAAGUCAUUGGCCUCUUGUGGCAGGGAGUUCCGUAGGUUAACUACAAGGUCCAGCUUAACUACGCUGCUUGGUGUAGUAGUUCCUCAACAAGCUUGAGAGGGUGGGCUGCGAGGCUUUUAAAAGGACAAAUCCAGCCCUUUGCAUCAGGCCCUGGGAAUGUACUGAGGACCAAUGCAGGCUGAUAUGUGUUCUUGCCAACAGUCUCCAAGGGGCAGCCCCAUAUUCGGUGCAUUGCAGUAGUCCAGCCUGGGAGCCACCGAGGCACGGAAGCUGGCAGCCAGGCCUCUGCCUUCCAGUCAUGUGUGUCGGUGGCUGGUUUUAUGACGUAGGGAGUUGAUUCUCACGCUCGGCCCAGUAUUGUCUCAUCUUGUUUCAACAAGGAGGCCACUCCACCCGCCUUUGUAGCAACCAGGAAAAGUUUGCAUUCACAGAUGCGCGCACACACGGCUUAUCGGUUUCUGCAUUGUAUCUCAUAUGUUAACAACUCGAGCUGCAUAGCAGCAUAUCUGGGAGCUGAUUGGCACUUUCAGAUUGCAGCUGCUACUUGUGUCUUAGAGGUGACGCGAUAGAGGUUUGCACAAUUGUGCGUGGCGGGGAGACAGUGGACAGAGAAAAGUGUUCCUCCUUCUCUCGUGACAUGAGACUCUUGGACAGCCAGCAGAGGAUUAAAGACAGAUAAGAGAAAGUCAUUCUUCACAGAGUUAAUCUGCGGAACUCCCUCCCACAGGCCACCAACUUUAAAACCUUUGACUUUAAAAUUUGACCAGAGGCGGUUUUAGGGCAGUGUGACAGCUUGUCCUGCGUUGGGCGCCUGGUAAGCAGUUGCCCAGCUUUGGGAAGGAGGUGUGAGGCCUCUAACAGAAUCAUAGAAUGGUAGAGUUGGAAGGGACCCCGAGGGUCAUCCAGCCCAACCCUCUGCAAUGCAGGAAUCCCAGCUCAAGCAUCCAGGACAUCCUUGUGACUUGAAGCCAUGGGUUCGAGUCCUACCCUCCAGAGCAGGAGAAAACAAGCUUGCUCCCUCUUCCAUGUCAUUGAAAUAUUGGAAGAUGGUUCUCCUCUCUCCUCUCAGUCUCCUCUUUUCCAGGCAGAACAUCCCCAGCUCCUUCAACCUUUCCUCAUAAGGCUUGGCUUCCAGACCCUUCACCAUCUUGGUCGCUCUCCUCUGCUGCACACCUUCCAGCCUGACAACCUCGUAACAACAACAUGCUUACCCUUGCCUUCUCUGCCCCGCUUUGUGUUUCUGCACAGGGUUCGUUCACCGUCAUGGGCGUCAUCAGUGGGCCCCUUCUGGGAGCCUUCAUCCUGGGGAUGUUUAUCCCAGCUUGCAACACCGUGGUAAGUCCCAAAGAGGACCCGAGAGGAUGCUUUUGGGUGCCUUCACCCUUCAUAAAAGGGUGUUGGAAGAAAGGUGCUGUGCCAUGGAGGGGCCUUGCAACAAAGCAGUAGGAUUGGAACGAAAGAACACAAAAAUACCACGAACAAUGCAGGAAUCUAGAUAGACUGCCCCUGGACUUGGAGGUUCCAUAAGCACAUCAAAGGAUGCCCAUGUAUCCCAGCAUCCUCUUCUCACAGUGGCCAACUGGAGGCCUGUGGGGAAUCUCCCUUCCUAUGCAAAAAUUCCUGGCUGGGGGGUGGGACUUUCAGCUCAGCAGCAGCAGCAUAAAACCCGACCUCUCCUUCCUUCCCAGGGGGUGUUGACUGGGCUUCUUGUGGGCUUCGCCCUCUCUUUCUGGGUGGCUGUGGGGGGCACCCUCUACCCGCCCAGCGCCGCCACCAUGGGGGUGCUCCCAUCCUACGGAGACUUGUGCCCGCUCUACAACGCCUCCGAGGGAGCCAACGCCACGAUCAUGCUCGGCCCACUGCCACCCCGGAACAUCACGGAAGUCGCAGACAGGUGAGAUGGUUGUUGAUCUCUGGUGCAAAUUCAAAUAAGUGGCUGGGGCAGCCCAGCCAGAUGAGCGGGUAUAAGUAAUAAGAUUAUUAUAACACUAAAGGAGAACACAGCAAAACAACAUUUCUUUGCCCAGAGUAGAAUUCAGGAGGAUUCAGUAGAAUUCAGUAAUGGGAAAACAUCAUUUAUGGCCUGUAAGAACUAAGGACAUUCUACAGUGCGCCUCAGCGCACUUUGGUGCUGUUCAAUGUACUUACAAGCCCAGGAACAAGGUACUGCUGAAGGUUCAUAACAGGCAUAAGAAGAUCUUGCUGGAUCAGGUCAAAGGGAGCCGAUUUGGUCCUUACAGUGGCCAACCCCCCCCCCCAUAACCUGCAAAUUGUCUGCCUGCGGAGCUGGAGGUUCCAUGAGAACAUGAGAGGAAUCUGCCUGCUGGACCAGGCCAAAGGGGGCCACUGACCCCAGCAUCCUCUUCUCACAGGGGCCAACCAGGUGACCCGAAAGGGACAAGCAGGGACAAUGGCAGGCUCUGCACUUAGGCAGGAAGAGCCAGAUGCACACCUGGCUCACUUGCAGGACACGUGAAAAGGAUCGAGGGAUCUUGGUGGAAUCUUGGAGUUGGAAGGGACCCCGAGGGUCCUCUGUUCCAACCCCCUGCAAUGCAGAAAUCUUAGUUAAAGCGCCCAUGAGACAUGGCCCCCCAGCCUCUGCUUAAAAACCUCCAAGGAGGUUUCUGGGUCACUGUCCUCUCCCCCCAGAAGUCCCUUCCCCAUUGAACAGCUCUCACUGUCAGAAAGUUUCUCCUGAUGUUUAGUCAGAAUCUCCUUUCUUCUAACUUGAAGCCAUGGGUUCGAGUCCUACCCUCCAGAGCAGGAAAAAGCAAGCUUGCUCCAUCUUCCCUGUGACAGCCCUUAAGAUGGCUCUCCUGUCUGCUCUCAGUCUCCUCUUUUCAAGGCUAAACAUCCCCAGCUCCUUCAACCGUUCCUCAUCAGGCUUGGUUUCCAGACCCUUGAUCAUCCUGGUCACCCUCCUCUGUACUCCUCCCAGAUUGCCAACACCUUCUAGGAGCCAGAACUCAAUUAUUCCCCUGCCUGCGGAUCUCACCAUCUCACUUCCUUUGCAGGUCGGCCAUUGCGGAUGACUUCUACGCCAUUUCCUACCUCUACUACGGUGCCUUGGGAACGCUCACCACAGUUGUAAUCGGGGUUCUAGCCAGCUGCCUAACCGGUAAAGUGGUGGGGUGGAGCCAUUAGCUAGCUAUUAAUUUGCUUCAUUUGUGUUUUUUUAAAUAAGUUGAUUCCAUUUUUAAAUAAUAUUUUUUAUUAUAUUUCCAAUUUUAACCAAUCCUUUUAAAAUGCAACCAGAACAUAUCUCUCAUAUCUGUUGACACAUUCCAUGGUGUUCUUUUAUUCCUUUAUAAAGCUUCUAUAUUACUGAUAUUUUAUCCAUUCUGUACAUCAAUUCCAAAUUUUUAAAUGACAAAUUCUCAUCUGUUGCUAUUGUUCAAAUCCUGCGUACAUUUUGACAUAACUAUGAUGGUCCCUCCCCCCUAAUAUUCUACAAAAGAAUACCAUUUUAGAAGUUGAUUUCAAUACUUCAUGUUUCCUUGCCUUAAAGUGUGCAAAUUCUCUCUCUCUCUCGUGGUUCUGGGUUUUGCUGCAGGGCCUGCGAAAAGGAGCUCAAAGAAGCCAGGCGUGCUCUGGUGGGACGUCAUGAAGCAGACCGCCAUGGUCUCCCCAGAGGGGCUGAAGAAACCGUUCACCAAGGUAGGGCAGUGGGGAAACUGGGCGCUCUGAUAAUGGUGGGCAGUGGGCAGUGCAUCGGAGCUGCCAUCACUCAGCGUAGAGAACAGGGACCACCUGAACCCUCAUAUUCCAGCUUGGUCAUCGCCAUCACCUGCAGCUGCAGGAGCAUCGCUGGCCGUUCUCCAGUUUGGAGAGGCUCAUUGGACAGCAGCCUUUAGUGUCAUUGUUCCAGUCCUGUGGAGCUCUCUGCCACUAGAGCAGCAUUACCUGAAUUUGGGUCUUCUGCUGUUUUUGGACUACAGUUCCCACCAACCCUGCCCACUGGUCCUGCUAGCUAGGGAUGCCUAUUGAUCAAUUCCUGCUCAUAUACCCUUACAAGAAAAACAGAAGCAAAACAAACAAGGUUACUCUGCCCCUUGCCUUUCUGCCUUAAAUCAUUAUUUGUAUUUUCUUUAUCAUUUCUUUCUUUUCAUCUUGCUUGGGUGUAAAUCUGGAUCCAUCCUUUCUCAAUGGCUUCCUUCCAUUUCUCAACCGUCCGCACAGGAUGCAGGGAACUCUCCCAAUCUGCAGAAGAAAGCCUUUGGCUCAACGUCUCUGGUGCCCAGCUUCCCGGCCGAGGAGAAGACCCUGAUGGCCAAGGAGGAGAAGGCAUCAUCAGAGCCCUCUGAGGAGAACCUCUGCGUCUGCAACGCUUUUGAGAGCAGCUAUUUCCACCUGCUCAGAGAGACCAAUGUGUAAAGGGUUGGGCACUUGGAGGCCAGAAGCCUCCUGGACCAGCUUUACUUGGGAAAGGACCCCAUUUUGGGAGGGAUGAACCUCAUUCCACAGAGAGAUAUUUGUAGAUCUCUGGCCAGGCCAAGCUGCAACCUCUGGAGAAAUUUGGGCAGGGCAUUCCUGUCCUGUUAUCAAAAUCUGGCCAAGUUGUGCCAACAACACGGGGCAACGUGGACCCUUGGAGGCUUCUGUUUGUCCUUUUAGAGGACACGCCUCCCCAACCGGGUCCUGUCACGAGGGAGCUUCUUCAUCAGUUCAUUUAUUAGUAUCAAACAGAAGCACAGGAGCUCCAUCAAGGCUUGAGCUGCUGCCCAGGGGGCCUGCUCCUCUCCCCAGAAGCUCGCUUUCUCCAUAUCAGACCCGUCCUGCUGUCUACGGUGGCUGCCAAGGGACUCUUCUGUCGAUGUCUAGUUUUCUGCUCUCUGACAUGGAGGAAACACCUGCUUUUAGGGGAAGGAGGGGGAUCUAUCAGGCUCUCAAGGGACAUCGUAUCAACUGGCUCUGGUACUCUCCCUACCACAUCUGGCUCCUGUCUCUGUUCAGGGCUGGUGCAUCUGCUAGCUCACCCGUUCCUUGCCCUCCAAUAUUUCCCAGUUCUCCUUUUCCUUCUCCUGUUUCCCACCACCAAGGACCUGGGUCCACACUAUCUUCUUCUGCCCCCUCCCUGGGCGCCUCUUAGGGUGGCCGUCUCCACUACUCCUCCUCAUCUAGCCUGAUAUCUAUUCUCAAUUUUCACCUGGAAAUGGAGGAGUUUGAGAUUGGCAAAGAUGAGAAAAAGCAGAUGUAAUAAUAAUAAUAAUAAUAAUAAUAAUAAUAAUAAUAAUAGUUUUAUUAUUUUACCCCGCCCAUCUGACCUGGUUGCCCCAGCCACUCUGGGCAGCUGAUGUAUAUUUUGCUCUAGGAGGCUUCAUUUGGUCAGAAUUGAGUCAGCACUUCCAGAGUUAACACUAAAUACAUCUCUUCUAGUUAAGGAACCACCAUAGCUGCUAGAGGGCUGUGGAAAUUUGUGUCCUGGGCUUUUUAGACUCAUCUACCCAUGUACUAUCAGAAACUAAAGGGGUGCCCUGGUUACCAGGUGCGAAAUAUCUUGGUAUUCUUUCCAGCUCACCUGCCCCCACCAUCCUUGCCACUUCACAGGGCCUCUUGCAUCGUUUCCUUUUGGACCUUGAUCCUCCUCCUGCUUGCCUCCACCUGUCAUGGAAAAGCCACUCUGUGCAUGCUCAGAGGGCCAAAGCUUAGGCUGGAGGAUGGGAAUAGAGUCCAGCUGGGUCCCUGCUGUGCCCUCUCCUCCAUAUUCCGUCCCAUGUUGGCCGUCCUCCUGUCGGAAGUGUGUAGACAGGACUAUUGACAGCUCCUCCUGGCCUCUUCUCCAUCCCCCCGCCUGUAAAUAAGAUGCACCAGGAUGGAGAUUUGGGACCUUCAAGCUGCACAGGGGCUACAGGGUUGAAUGGGUGGGCUUCGCCAGAGGGUUAUGUUCCUAUCUUUGCAUAUAAAGAUAUAUAUUCAGUCUGCUCUGGCUUCCAAUGAUCAAAGGACUCUGGUGUUGUGCCAUUUGAGGGGAAACGCUCGGCAUGAAAUAAAGAGAAUGUUGUACAAAAGCCAAUGCUAAUUCUGUGUUUGGAAUGACAAAUUCAGAAGGGAACGGAUACAUAUCCCUGUGGCCAGAAUGAGGACGUUGUGCAAAGCUGAGCAGGGUGGCUACAGGACCUGCUUAGCUUAAUUGCCGUUGCUCAUUUAUUUGUGUAGCCGAAGGUAUUACAAAGCCAGAUGCAUAAGAACAAAAAAACGCUGCACA